AUGAAUGCUAGCACAAACGAGGAGCAGAGGCAAAAAGAUCUCAAUGACUGGCUACCAAUCACAGCCUCCCGCAAGGCCAAAUGGUGGUACUCAGCUUUCCAUAACGUCACUGCAGUUGUGGGUGCUGGAGUUCUUGGCUUGCCUUUUGCCAUGUCUCAACUUGGCUGGGUUGGUGGAUUGACAACUCUGUCAGUGUCGUGGGUUGUGACGUUUUACUCUCUGUGGCAAAUGGUGGAACUACAUGAAUGGGUUCCAGGAAAGAGGUUUGAUAGAUAUCCGGAGCUGGGGCAACAUGCUUUCGGAGAGAAACUUGGAUAUUGGUUGGUGAUGCCUCAGCAAAUGAUGGUUCAGAUUGCCACCGAUAUCGUCUACAUGGUUACUGGUGGCAAAUCACUGAAAAAGAGUGCAGAUUUGUUGCACCCUUGGUUUCAUGAUAUCAGGCAGACCUACUACAUCAUCUUCUUCGCAGUCGUUAACCUCUUCUUGGCCCAGGUUCCAAAUUUUAAUUCCUUAAAGUCCAUUUCCUUGACGGCUGCAAUCAUGUCCUUUGGAUACUCAAUGAUUGCUUUUGUGGCAUCAACUAUCAAAGGGAUUGAUCACCACACUCAGGUUAACCAUGGAAUAAGAUCUGAAACAAAAGCAGGGACGACAUUUGGCAUAUUUAACGGACUUGGUACGAUAGCUUUUGCGUUUGCAGCCCAUAGCAUAGCGUUAGAGAUUCAGGCGACGAUACCAUCAACGCCAGAAAAACCAUCAAAGAAACCAAUGUGGUUGGGCUGUGUAGUAGCCUAUAUCAUCGUUGCAGCUUGUUAUCUUUCUGUUGCUAUUUCUGGGUUUUGGGCAUUUGGUAACACAGUAGAAGACGACGUGCUGAUUUCGUUGGACCAUCCUCGCUGGCUUAUCAGCCUGGCUAAUUUUAUGGUAUUUCUACAUGUCCUUGGUGGAUAUCAGGUAUUUGCGAUGCCGGUGUUUGAUCUAAUCGAGAGUUACCUGGUACAAAGAAGGAAUUUCAGUCCUGGAACAAGUCUACGUGUGAUUAGUCGGAGCACAUACGUGUGUAUAACUGCUUUCAUUGGAAUAUGCGUUCCCUUCUUCGGAGGACUGUUGGGAUUUUUCGGAGGACUUGCGUUUUCAUCAACAUCCUUCUUUCUACCAUGUAUCAUGUGGCUUGUGAUCUGCAAACCCAAACCCUGGAGCUUUCAUUGGACGGCAUCUUGGACGUGUAUAUUGGUUGGGGGUGUGAUCACAAUCCUUGCACCAAUAGGAGGAGCACGAACCAUCAUCUUAUCGGCCAAAACCUACAAGUUGUUUUCUUGA